AUGCAUGGCGUUUGUGAUCGCAUCCGCGCCGAGCUGGCUGAAUGCCUGAAGAAGUCGGACUGCAUGCGUGUGCACGGCCACUCGGGGAAAGAGUGCAUGUCCAAGUACCGUGAUACGCUGCCGCCCGAGUGUCAGCAGGUGUACUACGGCUUUGUGGACUGCAAGCGGUCGUUGUGGGAUAUGCGCAAGCGCUUUCGUGGCAUUCCCGGCGGCCAGUACAACUCGAGCUCUACGAUGUUUGCUGCGCUCGAUCGGCGUAUGGAGAAGUAG